AUGCAGGAUGAUAUCAUGAUAAUCCUAAAGAUGGGCGGCUCGAUAAUCACCGACAAGGGCAAGCCGCUGACGCCCAGGCGCAAAACCAUAGACGGCAUGGCAGAUGUCCUGGCGGAUCUCGGCGAGCCGCUGGUCAUAGUGCACGGGGGCGGCUCCUUUGGGCACCACUGGUCUGUAAAGUACGACAUGCACACAAGGCCCGAGAGGCAUGACGCCCGGGGCGUGGCCACCGUAAAGAACUCGAUGGUAGAGCUGAACAAGAUAAUCCUGGACUCGCUUCUUCGGUGCGGCAUGAGCCCGUACUGCCUGCCGCCGGCGGGCUUUGUCAGGGGGGGCAGGGCCGCCCCCGCAGGCAUAAGGGAGGCUGGGGACAUAGCCGAGUCCGGUAUGACCCCGGUGACGUACGGCGACGCCCUCUGGCACGGCCGGGGCGCAUCGUACAUACUCUCGGGGGAUCGCAUCGUGGGCAUGAUGGCCCGGACGCUAAAGCCGCGGCUCUGCAUAUUUGCCACGGACGUGGACGGCCUGUACCGGGAUCCCGAGUCCGAGUCCGUCAUAGACGUGGUGGACGGCCAGAGCUUCCGCACGUCUGAUAACGGAAUGGACGUCACCGGCGGAAUGGCGCGAAAGGUGCAGGAGGCCAUGCAGAUAUCCGGUAUGGGCCACGACGUGUUCUUUGUAAACGGCCACGACCCCGGGCGCAUCGCAGACGCGGUAAAAAGAAAGAAAUUCCGGGGCACCCUAUUCAGAGGCAGGCUGCACCGCGCGUUCACCGCGCUGCUCUUUGACGCGGACGGCAGGCUGGUCCUGGCGCGGCGGAGCCCCACCAAGAUGCUGUGGCCCGGCAUAUGGGACGGGACGUUUGCCAGCCACCCGCGGGAGUCUGAGACGUAUGUCUCGUCCGCAGAGAGGAGGAUGCCCGAGGAGAUGGGGGCGGCCUGCAAGAUGGAUUACCUCUUCAAGUUCGAGUACCACGUGCCGUACAUGGACGUGGGAUCCGAGAACGAGGUCUGCGGAACCGUAAUCGGGCUGGUGGACCAGAAUGAGAGGUUUGGCGUGGACGCAGGCGAGAUAAGCGAGGUCGCCACGGUGUCCCCCGGCGAGCUGCUGGCAGGCAUGAGAGAGGACGCCAUGAUGUACUGCCCCUGGAUGCUCAUCGCGCUAUACCUCCUUCCGGAGUCCGACGCCGGGGCGCGGGAAAAGUACGGCAGCGUCCUGGAGGAGUGGUCCGGGCCUGCCAUGAGGGAGCAGCUGGCAAAGUCCAUACGGAAGCACAUCCCCGACGGCAACUGGAGGCUGGUCAGCCUGUAUGUGGCGGCAUCGCACCUGAUCAGGAACGGCGGAAAGAGGCUCCGGCCGUACAUGGUGUUGAAGAGCUGCCAGCUCCUGGGAGGCAAGCCGGCAGACGCCAUGCCAGCUGCCGCCGCAGUCGAGAUGAUCCACAACUUCUCUUUGGUGCACGACGACAUAAUGGACAACGACGAGGUCAGGCACGGCGUCCCCACCACCCACAGCAAGUUUGGGGUUCCGCUGGCGAUCCUGGCAGGCGACGUGCUCUUCUCAAAGGCGUACCAGGUGAUAGCGAGCCUUGCCCCACAGGAUAUGGCAGCGGAGCUCAUGGGCAGGCUGGCAGGGGGGUGCGUCGACAUAUGCGAGGGCCAGCAGCUGGACAUAGCCAUGUCCCAGAGCAGCAGGAUACCGUCGCAGAGGGAGUACGUCAGGAUGAUCAGCAAAAAGACCGCGGCCCUCUUUGACGUCUCGUGCUCCAUGGGCGCCAUCUGCGCCGGCGCCGGGCGGGAUGACAUCUCAAACAUGUCCGCAUUCGGGAAGAACCUUGGCAUCACAUUCCAGAUAACUGACGACCUCAUCGGCGUGAUGGGGGAUCCUGGCCUCACAAAGAAGCCCGUGGGAAACGACCUGCGGGAGGGCAAAAAGUCCCUGCCCAUACUGGCGGCGAUUGACGGGGCGGCGGGUGACGACCGGGACGCCAUACUGAAGUGCUUUGGAAACCCCGGCGCCACAAAGGAGGACCUGGACGCGGCGGUGAGCGUGAUCCGGGAUCUGGGGAUAGAGGAUGCCGUCAGGCUCCGCUCGAACCGGUACGCCAAGAGGGCGCGCACCCGCCUGGGCGCGUACUCGGGCGCCGCAAAAGACGAGCUGGAGUCCCUGCUGGACUUUGUCGUAAAGAGGAGCCUUUGA